GUAAAGAUUAAGAAUAGUGUAAAUGAAGAGCCUAGAUCUAAAUUCUAAAUCAUUUUCUGUUGUCAUUUGAAAGCACUGCCAUACCAUAGUAAGACUAAGUCUAAGUAAUAAUAAUAACAAUAUUAUAAGUAAGAAAGAGCCUACUCAUUUUUACUACCUAUUCAUACAUACAGUAUAUUGUUUUUUUGGGUAAAUGGGAAAAGAUAGCACCACGUUUUUUUACCUUGGUUAUCGCGAACUUAUGUCCUAAGUCCUAAAUUUAAAUGUAUCCCUAAAUUUUAGUAAAUCUAACCUGAACCCUAAAUAAAUCUAAACCUGACCUAACCUAAAACCCUAAACUUAUCCCUAACCUGGAUUUUGACCCUAUCGGAAGCAGGGUUUUGACCCUAUCGGAACCAGGGUGCUAUUCUUCUCAUGACAUUAGCCGUUGUUUGUGCUGUCAGCUUUUAAUUAGUUCUUUGGUAAAUGCAAAGAAGGGAUGCCAUGUUUUUCCCACCAAUGGUUGACACAUCCCAUGAAGUCACGAAUCUUGUCAACCAAGAUGGCAGCCAAAAAAAGUCGUGCAAAACAAGUGUGAUUAAAAAAAUGGGGAGGGAUAAGAAUGUGUUAAUUAAACAACUUACCAAAAGAUUGGAGAAUAGGUAGGCACUCCAAUACCGGACGACGCGGCAAAAAAAACCGCGGGGUUCGUGUGGUACAUUUUUGUGACCAGCCGCGAAGGGCGGGUUUCGGUAUAUGUCGGGCUUUGUCGUUCCAAUGCGUAAUUUUCUAAAAAGAAGUAAGUUUCAGCCUUAAACUCUAUUCGCUGAAGAAUUCCGGUCACGAUGGUAUAAAUUCUUUGUUAUUCUGACCUGGCUCAGGCGAACAGUCAGAGCGCAAACUGUGGGUAAGUUUAAUCUUAUGUUCUUUGUUUUUGUAUAGCAUAUAGAUAUGUAAAAACUUUAUGUAGAGCAAGCUUGAUCCCUUUGACUUUGAAAGCAUUUAUUUUUAACAUUACUGGCUAUGUCUGGAAUUUAUGAUAUCGAUCAUGGGAAAAAAAUUUGCAUGUUAUGAAAAAACGGCGGCCAUCUUUUUUUACAUAAUUUUAUUGACCAGAGGGAGGUGAAAUUAUUUGGAAAUAAACGCUUUAAAUAAAACAUUUCUAAAUCUAUGAAACAUUGAUUAUACAACAGUUUCUGAUCAUAAUAUUACUAAACAAUAUAAAUGUAAACAAAAAAAUAAUAAUUUGUUUUAAAUUAAUUGUUUGUACAAUUAUUCUUUAUACAAUAAGAAAUUAUUCAAUUUGCAAACAAGAAAUCCUCAUCUUAUAAACAAUUUAUUUAUUAGCUAUUAUUAUUAGUAUUAGACUAAUACUAUUAGAUAUAAGGGUGUAUUGAUAGACCUAUAUUCUAUAUAUUUCCUUUUGUUUAAUUGUGUUUUGAUUAAAUUUAUUUAAAUUUUCAAUUCACUCAUUGUAAAAUUCAAUUAAUAUUUUGUAUACUUUCAGGUGGACAGGGCACACGGAUACAAUCUGUUGCUGUGUGUGGACCGUGCCUUAUGAAUUGGGCGGACAAAUGGGGCAUGAAAUUUAAUGAAACCAAAUGCUACACAAUGAGCAUAUCAAGAAAAAAAACAUCAACUCAAACAAGUAUCAAAUAAUCCAUACUUUGGAAUUCUCUUUCAAUUCAAAUACCCGGUAACCUAUAAUGGUCACCCCCAUAUUAACAAAAAAUUUUUAAAAAGCCAACUCCACACUAGGUUUCAUUCGAAUAAAUCUGCGCCACUGCCCAACUUCCUGCAAUCGAAAUGCCUAUCUUGCACUCAUCCAUCCACUACUAGAAUAUGGUGCAAUCAUCUGGGACCCACACCUAAAGCAAGAUGUGGACAAGAUGGAGCGAAUCCAACAUAACGCGGUGCGCUUCAUCGCACAUGUCUGACAUUCAUUUGGAUUGUCACAAACUAUUUUUACUGAAAGUGUGAUUGCAGUAGCUUCAUUAGUUUAAAAGUUAUGUAUUUAAAUGUAAAAAUUUCUCGGCCGCGGUUGCUUUUCAUGAAUUAUUUUUUCUAAAAUUACACAAAUUUUUCUGAUCUGUAUUUUAUUUAUUUUAAAUGUGCCUUAUUUUUAUAUGGACAUUAUCUGUUUGUAUUGAAAAUUUUAUAGCAAUAGCUUUAUUGGUUUAGUAAUUAUGUCAUUUUUUGUAAAAUUAAAUUUUUCGACAAUUGUCAUUAUCCACACCAUGUGCUAAUAAAAUCAUAUUUUAUCAAAUAUAAUAAGUUAAUUCACAAAUCAUGUGUUUUGUUUUGUUAAACAUAGUAUUGUUAAUGUUUCCUCCAAAUUUGAGAGCUCUAACUUUAAUAGCAAAAAAGAUACAAGCAAAAUAGUACAAAAAGAUUAAUAAUGCGAUCACAGUCUUAAAAAUUAAAUACAAAGCCAAAUAAUGGGGAAAAAUAAAUCACUAAAAAAUUAAUAACUUUUCUCCUAUAAGUGAUAGAAAGAUUAUCUUGGUGUCACUGGAAAGCUUAGAGCCAGCCCUUUCCAAUGAUAUAAUCUUUAUGUAUGUCAGAUGUAUUUGAAAAUUUGAGUUGGAGUGCCUAGAAUAGGCUGAAUAGGCAGGGAAAUGAGCUCAUUUACAAGAAAAGAAAUAAAAGGGGGAAAAAAUGAAAUUAACAGCCAUAGACAGUGACAAGGCCAUGACAAGCAAUUUUGGCUCAUACCAGCAAGAAGCCUGUAUAGGAACUGCUCAUUCCUGCCAAAGACAAUCAGGGAUUGCAACAAGCUUUCAAAAGAAACAGUUGAGGCGACAACACUAGACACAUUUGCGUCUAUUGCCUCAAGCCUUUCAACCCGCAGUGCAUGAUUCCCUCACAAAGUAGCACAUGCAAUCAGUGAAAUACCCUCAUCAUCACCAGGCACAGGAACAUUGCAAAUCUCAUCUACAUGCAUAGGAGCCAAGACGUGGUAUAGGUUUUGUUGGUGUUGAGCAUAUUUCUCACAUAGUAUUCGGAGGUUUAGAAUCUGCAAUUUAUAAUGAUAUAUGCUCUAAAUAUCAUUUACUUAUACAACAAAGAAAAGCAUAACACACAAAAUAAUGCAUUGAAGUAAUGACUGAUGCUUGUCAUUGAUUGAUUGUAAUAAUAACUAAGUUUAAUUAUUUAAUGAAAAUUAAAAUAACACUUACUAUGACUUCAAUUCUUGUUCAUAAUUACACAAAAAGGUUUGUAAUUACGGUUUACUACUCAAACUACUUUAUAGUUACUACUAUACUAUGCUUUCUUAGUGUUGAUAAAUAUGAUCAAUGAAACUGCGUUGUUUCUUAAUUGAGAUGGCCUACAGAGCCUCAAUAAUGUUCAUAUUGAACAGACCAAUCAAAUUUUUGUCCAAUGUUGAAUUUAUUGCACCAUCAGUUUCGAAUGUGAGUCUUGUAAAAAAUAUUUUCUAAAUCAAGUGGAAAAACCAUUCAAAAGCUUGUAUGAAUGGCUGUACAACUUGGCAAACUUAUAGAAACUGUACUUAAUAGGGGUAAACCAUACAGGUUGGCGUGUUUGGUUGUGUGUCUAGUGUUAUAUCAUAAUAUAACAUUAAACAUAAUGAUAAUUAAGGAGCCAUUUAAAUACGUAUAUAGCAUUCAUUUUGAAAUUCUGUGUAUACAAAACCAGGGCAGUGCGAAAAGGCAACCAGUUGGGGGGGGGGGGCCUUCAGACAGCACUAAAAGUGUUUGAUAAAAUUCUAAUUUUAUCAAUGCUUGAACAUUUUAUCAAUAUACAAAACCAGGGCAGUGCGAAAAGGCAACCAGUUGGGGGGGGGGGGUCUUCAGACAGCACUAAAAGUGUUUGAUAAAAUUCUAAUUUUAUCAAUGCUUGAACAUUUUAUCAAUACUAAGAAGUAUUUUCUAGGAAUGAAUUUUUGAUGAAGUAGACACUGACAGUGUCAUCCCAGUAUGAAAACUAACUAAAUGACUCUUCAUAUAUCAAUAAUGAUAUAAACAGUACAUGGCACAAAGCUACUAAAGUUUAGUCUAAACACUGUAAAAUAACAUGUUAUAAUGGGCUUUAAAAUGGAUAAGGGUAAAGCAAUCUUUAUUUUAUCAUUAUUUAGGCGGUUUUAAUGUUGUAUUUACCCAUUUCAGUUUGAAUAUUUAAUUCUUAACAGUUUUCUAAAGGAAUAUCUGAAAAUGGGACGCUAUCGCAGAAAGAAAAUGCAUAAAGGAGACAAACCACUGAAGGAAAAAUACAGAACAAGACACCGCACACGAGAUUUGGACCAGAUCCAUGGAGACUUAAAAAGUCCUGAUUCUCUUUUGAAGCAGGAAGUUGAUUUAGAUAAACCAGGUGCUGCACAGUUCUACUGCUUAACUUGCGCGUAAGUAUACAAUUAAGAUUGUGAUCAAUUCUUUUAGCAACUAAUGACAUUUUUUGUCUAAUAAAGAACAUUUUUUUUAUAAAUAAGGGUUACGAAAAUAGAAAUCUUUCAUACUAUGAACUCAAUUAAUGCACAGUCACCAGGCCGUCGUCAGAUUAAAUUAAUGGCUUAUGAUUCUAAAAGUAUUACAAGACUUAUUUCUUUCUUUUGUGAUUGUGAUCAAAGUUAAUUUUCUGGUCUUUGCUCAAGGUUAAAAUGUUUUUGAAUCAGAGCGGUAUUCACUUGUGUUUCUUCACUUGGUAGUAGCUCUAUAAUUGUGUUUAACCGAAAAAUCAACUGUUUAGUGAAGUCAUGCUGUGGUGUAUAUAGUCUUUUUUUAGUAACUUUGAUAUGUAUCACUGAAAUACCAACUAAUGGAAAAUGAUUCCAGAGGCUGAUAUAAUUAUGCAUAUUCUAACAAUAAAUUGGUCAAGGAAUCAUUUCAUAGGAGUUUGGGAAUCCUGUGAGCUAGGUAAAAUGAACAUGACCUUGACCUCUCAACAGUGAGUAAAACUGUUCAUCGGCCUUCAACUCACACCCACACUGACUGUUGGGUACCUUUUAAUUUUAUCAUGUAAAUAUGUUUGUCAGACAUAGAAAGCAAUAUUCUUUCAGUUUAGAAAAUUAUAAAGCUAUUUGGGUUGAUACAAAUUUUAAAAAAUUAAUAAAUUAAUUGGUGACCUACAUAUUGCUUGAUAUAAUGCCUAUUAAAUUCAUUAGUACCUUAUUCUGAACUACUUUCCCUAUUAGAACUUGAACUGCUAGAUUCUCGAUCGUCAUAAUCACUAGCCUGGGUGAUGCCAAAAAAUGUAUCCAUAAGUUACUUAAAUCACUUUCCUGAAGAUAUGCUUCAAAUAAGUUAGGCUUUUGUUUAGCAGGGCCGAGUCCUACAAGAUUGUUUUAACAAAAAAUCUCUGAAAAGUUCAGCUUGACUUAACAUUUUUGGAAAGAAAUAUAAACAUAUGAAAUGUUUACCUUAUGAUUCAAUAAAGUAGAAGUAAGUCUAGUUUGACCCCCUUUAAAAAAUGUAAUACUUUUGAUUCACAUUUGUAAUAUUAAUUUCCAUAGAGUUAGAUUAUAACAUCUGUAACACCAUAGAAGCAGCCUUCUUGGCAAUUAUGCCAGAUAAGGGUUUAAGUAGGAAAGAGCAUGCCUAUAAAUAACCUAAAAUUUGAAUUCGGUCUAUUAAGUUUUUUUAAUUUGCCGAUUGCUUAUCAAAGGCAAAAGGGAAACAGCCAAUAGAACUCAAGGAAAAUGUUACCAAAAACAGUUAUACAAUUCAUGAACAAAAACAGAUAUAGUUUCAUUGUAUCCACCAAUUGAAUCCUUUACUACAAUAGUAAUUAUGUCAUUUUUAUGUUCUGUUGUCAGCAACCAUUGAAAAAGAAACACUAAUUGUUCCUAGGUAUAUGCCGAGAAACUUGCACACAUUUGUUUUCUUAAAAUUUGAUAACCUUUCCUAAAAAAGAAAUUGUAUUCAUGCAUCUAGAUCAGUGGUCAGCAAACUGGGAGUAAAUAAACUCACAUGAGGUAAAAAUGGAAAUCUGGGGUAGUGGGAGGAGCUGGGGAGGAAGUGUAAUAAGGGCUCAAUAGGCAUAAAUAUAAUUUGGAACAUGUUUUUUUAUAAAUUUGUUCAGCCAACACUGCAUCUGGUCUGUGUAACUAGUGUAACUACCAAAUGCACCCAAUAACUUGUGAUUACUAGAGGCCUGGCAGCUAACGCAUAUGUCUUAUCUAAUAUCGGUACGUCAUUUUUGCCUAGUCACCUAUUUUAUCUUAUGGUCAGUGGUGCAGUCAGAAUUGACUCCACCCAUUGCAGUUAUCUCAUGGUGUCAACCCAUCCAGACUUCUCCAUGGCUUUUCUCCGAGUCUACCUGCUCUGGUGACAAUCAGCUCUUAUGACAACCUGCUUUGGUGGUACCCUUCUAUGUUGACAGGUGACACCCCGCUCUGGUGUUAAACUUAGUUGUGUUAUAAAACCAACUUGAUCGAGCUCUGUCAAGUUUACUCAAUUUCAUUUGCUGCCAUUCCCCUGUGUGGGGGGUCUACCCUCGUGAGGAUGUGAGUAUGGUCCUAUGAGGCUCAAAAGGUCAAGAGAUGCAAAGGUUUUCAAAAUUGUUCUAAAAAAAAAAUUUGAAAUAAAUAAUAACACCCCUAAAAUGUAUUUAAAUUUUCUUUCAUUUAAAUAUCAUUUCUACAAAAUUUGAAGUCAACAUUUUUUUUAUCACAGAAAUCAUUUUUGUUGCAUGAUGAUGAUUUUAUCAAAUUCAUUUUGUACUUUCAUAUUUUUUAUUCUAUCUUCAUAUCAAUAGACUCAAUAAACCAUUAUGAAGUUUAAAAGCCUAUGAUUUUCUUCCUUCAAAAUGGCGGUUAACAGCGGUGUUAAGUAUAUAUUAUGGGGUGAUGGUUAAGAAAGUCUGCUGACCCCUGAUCUAGAUUUUAAUACCUGAUAAGUUUAUUAAUUAUUAGGUGUACAAUCUGUCCAAAGCUGCUCUUUAUUUCUAAAACCGGUCCUCACAUCAGUUUAUUUAUUUAUUUAGGCAUUUUUUAUAUAGCGCUUACCUUAAAGCUCUAAGCGCUUUACAAUUAUUAAAAACAUGUAAACUAAGUAAAAUAAAAAUGAAACACUAGGAUAGUAACUACUAUACUACAGAAACAAUUAAAAUGGCUAUAAAACGAGGACACUUUGGCACGUUUUGGCCUAUACUACAGGAUCAUCCCGAGAUAGAAAAUGAGGCAGGGCAAGGAGGGUGCAUCACAGGUCAUAGGCGGACCUAAACAGAUGGGUUUUACGGGACUUUUUAAAAGUGGACGAGGUUUCACAAUGACGGAUAUGGAAGGGGAGCUGGUUCCAGAACGUGGGCCCAUGGAAGUAGAAGGAGCGUUCACCGAUGGUCUUAGUUUUGGUUCUUGGGAUUGAGAGGGUUCUAUUGUCAAUGGAAGAGCGUAGAUGUCUUGUGGGGAUGUAAGUUUAAGCCUCAUGAUGACCACUGGUCUUUCAAUUAUGAUAGUUUUAGAUGAAAUGUAACCCCAUUCUUGUAUGAAGAAAUGAUUUCACACUUGAGGUAGGUUUUAUCCUAUUCACCACACUUAGGCAUUAUUAUUAUCAGACCGUCUUUCGCUAACUUUUCAUAUACAGAGUAAGUCAGUUGUCAACAAUAAUGCACUACAUUUGUAAGUUCUUAGUUUUUGUCCGUUUAUGAGCCGGCAGUCAAAUUAAUUGCUAUUAAAUUGAUUUCUUUUAACAUUCUAUAUCUUCAGGAAAUAUUUUAUCAAUGACAAAGCAUUAACAGAUCAUUUCAAGAGUAAACCCCACAAGAGAAGGUAGAGUGUUAGACAUUUCAUGUAGAGUGUUAGACAUUUCAUGUAGAGUGUUAGACAUUUCAUGUAGAGUGUUAGACAUUGCAUGUAGAGAGUUAGGCAUUGCAUGUAGAGUGUUAGACAUUUCAUGUAGAGUGUUAGACAUUUCAUGUAGAUUGUUAGACAUUUCAUGUAGAGUGUUAGACAUGUAGAGUGUUAGACAUUUCAUGUAGAGUGUUAGAUAUUUCAUGUAGAUUGUUAGACAUUUCAUGUAGAUUGUUAGACAUUUCAUGUAGAUUAGAUAUUUCACGUAGAGUGUUAGACAUUUCAUGUAGAUUAGAUAUUUCAUGUAGAUUGUUAGACAUUUCAUGUAGAUUAGAUAUUUCAUGUAGAGUGUUAGACAUUUCAUGUAGAUUAGAUAUUUCCUUUAGAGUGUUAGACAUUUCAUGUAGAUUAUAUAUUUUUCAUGUAGAUUGUUAGACAUUGUAUGUAGAUUAGAUAUUUCAUGUAGAGUGUUAGACAUUUCAUGUAGAGUGUUAGACAUUUCAUGUAGAUAGACAUUUCAUGUAGAGUGUUAGACAUUUCAUGUAGAGUGUUGGUGUUAGACAUUACAUUGAUAGUGCUAGACAUUUCAUGAACAUAUAAACUGUUUUUGUCAGAAUUUAAAUAAUUAUAAAACCAAAGUGCAUUGCUGGGUACUCAUUUAUUUUUUCAGUAGCUAAAAUUGCAGAUGAGCUUUGUGUGCUUGUGAUGGUUGAUUCUGAGCUUGUGACUGCUACCCAUUGUACUGUACUCUAAUUGAAAAGUAGUUAAUUUUUUAUGACUUGUUUUAUUUGACAGGAUGAAAGCUCUUGAAACGGAGCCAUACACACAAGAAGAGGCUGACAGAGCAGGAGGGAUGGGCUCAUAUGUGGCUCCCAAAAAGAUUGAAGUUCUAGUCCAAGGAGCAAAAACUGUGGACAAAGAGGGGGACGAGAUAAUGAAACCUGUAUAACCAUUGAUUACACAACAUUCUGUGGACCAUGAGAAGUUCAGUGAUGGCACCAAAACUAUUUCUUAAGUGAUCCAUAUGACAUUGUUGACUUUAGCAGUGGACCAUAUGACAUUGUUGACUUUAGCAGGCUGGAACUGGAAGACUAUUAUUCUUUAGCAUUUCCUUUGUAACAGUGGGAUUACCUGUAUCUUUAGUUAUGAAAUUACUCAUUUAUUUUCAUGGAAUGGACUUGAUUGUAUGUGAAUCUUAAGGUGAAGCUUUCACAAUAAACAUAGCUGCAUCCCUGUUAUUUUGCAGGCUUUGUCACAUGUAAAUUGUGUUUCUGAGCUGUCACCUUUUUCAACGUGAAAACUAUACACAAAAUAUUCCACAGCAAUAAUACAUGUUGUGUCUUUUGAAAACCUUUAAUAAUCAAUAAGCAAGGAAAAUGUGUUGUAUGGCUCCUUUUUGGUUGAAAAUUGCCAUGUUUCAAAAUUGCCUCAUGGCCAGCUUUGGCAAGUUAAAGUUGUUUGCUAUCAUAAUAUAUCAUAUGGCUCUUGGCAUAUACAUGUUUUGGUGCAUUUUAAUGUGCUGGAAACAAAAUUUGGCUAUAAAAUUAAAAUUAAGUAAAGUUAGAGCAUAUAUUUGCUGUUACUGCAAAAGUUCUCAUAUCAAUCAAAAUUUAGUAGAGCCUGAUGGAAUAAUUGGAAACAUACUAACCUGCUAUGCUCCUAAUGUUACAACUACUGGAAACAACAUGCUAUGCCUCUAAUGUUACAACUACUGUAUCAGUAUCUGCAGAAUGUUUUGUUGUACUGCAGACAAAAUGACAACAAAUGUUUACAUUUGGAGUUCUGCUGUUUUUCUUUCUUGGAGUUUGUGAUAGAGCGCAAAUGUAUUUUUAAUUUUAGAAUAAAACGGUUCGUUAUGCUGUCACAUGUUUCAAAGACAUGAACUUGGAUUCAUUUUAUGGUCAUGCACUGUUACAAAUGUUUUACGCGUAAGAGUUUUUCCCGAAACAGUUUUGUAAAUAUUUACAAAAUAACAUAUUCCGUCAUGUGUAAAUCUGUUCAACAUCAGAGAUGUUAUUAAAGCCUACGAAAUGAUUUACAGAAGUGUUUUGUUGGAUUGAUUGCUUAUGAAGUUAAUAAAAUACCUUUUUAAAAGAUGUGUUCAACAUUAUCCAACUGGUCAAGAUGAACUUCAACUUCAAUAUUUAUAGUAUUUAUUCCUUCUUCCGCCCAUCCUCUUUCUGUUUAACCAGGGGAAAGAAAUGUGGGAUCUGAUAAAGUCCAUACAAUCAGAACCUACUGCCUUGUAGGAAGUGGAGGGAUCUACAAAAGCUAGGGAACAUUUACCUAAAAGUAAAAUCAGCUGCACGGUACCUAGAGAGCUAUAAGGAGCAGCCUCCCAGACGUUUGUGUGCAGGGCUAACAACACGGCCAUGUAAAAAAAAUAAACUUAGGAAUGACCAAGCAACAAAAAAGGCCAACACACCAAAAUAAUCA